UCUUUCUGUGAAUGAGCUAUCUUUUACCCUAUCUACAGACCACUGGCUGAACCUUAUCUAAAUUUAGAUCUGACUUUCAGUUCUCUUCUUGGCUAGUCCUUAGAGUUUUACUCCGGCAAAACGUUCUCAGCAUUUGCGGCAGUUCGACUGUUCAGAAGAUUAGAUCAAUUUUAUACGUAUUUUACUAGCAUGGAUAUAAUUGGAAAUUUGCCAAUUGAAAUAGCACAUAAGAUAUUCGAGUACUUGGACGCCACCGAUCUAUGUAACUGUUGUUGUGUCAGCCGUAAAUGGAGGAUGUAUGCCAACUCGAAUCAUCUCUGGAAGACAAUCUGCAUCGCGAAAGAGAUAGUGUGCGAACCGGAGUAUGAACAUCGAGUUGGAGCACUGGAGCCGAUGGUCGAAUGGGGCAAUGCGUACCUGAAGUAUGCGAAACGAAGGAUCAUCAACUGGAGGAACGGCACGAAGAAACAAAUUUUACUAAGCUCAUGCUGCAAAUCUACCAUUUGCAGCGACGGCAUCAGCCUCAUCUUCACGAACGUUUCGGGUUUGGUAUUCGUGUUCGAUAUUUCUGGGAUGAGCCCUGACUAUGUGCAGACGAUAGAGCUAACGUCACGGAAUAACCUGACCUCCCUGCACUUAGCCAAAGGCGUCUUAGUGAUAAGACAAGGGGACAUUUUUACAAUUUACAUCAGGCAAGGCAUAUUAUUCCAGUUCAAAGGCUACAUGCUGAGACAUGAAAACAGAUAUAUAUUCGCCCAGAAAUUUUACGAACCGUACGGCCAUCCAAUCGCACUACAAUGCUGCGUUAUCGACGGUCUAAUAGUCAUCCUCGCUCGCCAUUCUCUAUUCACGUGCAUGAUAAAAGAUGACGUUGAAGUUACUGAAAUUUGUCUCUACAAUAGAUAUUUCUUUUUUAAUGACUAUCAUCGCAUGUACAUGAUGAUCAGCGACACGCAAAUCGCUGGUUUCAAUGCCGACUUAUAUCUCGAACAUUUCGAUCUCCCAGCCGAAUCGUUAAUAGGGAUCAAGUCCAACAAAGACUUAGUAGUCGCACUGAUUUGCGUAGAACACCAAUACAGUUUCCUUGCCUGGGACACCAAAACUGGCAAGAAGAAAUCCUAUAAUACUCGCAGGCCUUAUGGUUUCAAAGUGCACGGAAGAGAAAACAAAUUCGCAUAUGUGUCACAAGAAAAAGCGAACUCGGUAAUAAAAGUAUAUUUACAAGAUGUCAAGAAUAAUACCCUUCAAAAAUUAGACCUCAACAUAAAGUCCAUCGCUCAGGCCAAGCUUUAUUUCAUAGGAAGGGAACAUCUUUACGUCGCUAUCCGACUUGACUGGGAAAUGUAUUGUGGAUAUUACGUUAUUGAUCUUAAAUCCAUGCAUGUACUUUAUAAAGAAAGCUCGAAACCAAGCACAAUUAUUCAUAUAGAUACGAACCAUGCAAUUUAUUCUAAGGAGGGAACCAUUUUGAUCGAUACAUUCAGGGAAUGGUAAAGAAUUUGAAAAAAAUUAUGCGCAUUUUAAAAAUUGUUAAAACAAAAAAUCAGUAAUUAAAGUUUACACUUAGAAUCGUUCUAACAUAUAAGAUUUACGUGCCAAAAGUUGUAAAAUUUAGACUAACGUAUCUAAAAAUAAUACGAGCAACUGAGAACUUAAUGUUUACAAAUAGAUCUGCGUUGUUUUUUUUACACAACACUCCAUAAAGAAAACUUUGGCAUGAUAUAUACAACGAAUAAACAAAAUUGGUUGUUGUAAGUUAAAUUGUACAUAAUAUAUUAAAAUGACAAAAUUCUGGAUUAUAGUAAAAACUGACUCUCCAUCUAUUUUCUUAAAAGAUUAUUCUUUAAUAUUAUUGUACAUUUUAUACA